AUGUCUUUCCGUGCUGCACUACCGCAGCUCUCCCGUCGCUCCGUCUCACUAUGUCGACACAUUCAUUCAUCUCCCUUCAGAUCCGCGGUUGCGCACCCCAUCACUGCCCAAGGCCCUCCUCCCAAGGCCCCCGUUGCACCAGAGUCCAAGCAGCCCUCAGAGUCAAAAGACGUAAACUCUACAGCUUCCGAGGCUGAAUUACCACGAACCACCCCCAAGCUCACCGAUGCGCUCAAGAAGCGCUUUUGGAAGGAUGUUCAUGUACACGGAAAGGAAGGUGAAUACCAGGUCCUGCUUGACAAGCGACCCGUGAGAACACCCACCAAAGACAUUCUAUCCAUCCCCUCUACAAAGCCUCACCUCGCCCAUGCCGUCGCAUUGGAAUGGGACGUGAUGACCUCCGCCCAGCAGGCCCUCAAAAGCCAUCUCAUCCCCAUGACCUCCCUCGCCGCCCGCGCCACAGAUAUCGCUCUCGAAGAUGCCAAGGGCGACACUACCACCCGAGACCAGAUUAUCAAGACUGCCAUGCGCUACUUGGACACCGACACUCUACUCUGCUGGGAACCGGAGCGGGAAGUCCACGCCUUGGAUCGAAAGUCCGACGGAACACCCACUGAGACUCUGCGCGAGAUUCAGACGAGAAUCGCCCAGAAUAUCAUGAGCCACUUGUCUACAAAGGUCUGGCCUGGUCUCGAGAUCAUUCCUAUCUUGGACACUCAGAGUAUCCUGCCCCUAUCUCAGCCCAAGGCCACUAAGGAUAGCAUCUGCACCUGGGUCUCUGAGCUGUCGGCACAUGACUUGGCUGGCCUUGAGCGCGGAAUCCUUGCUUCCAAGAGUCUUCUUAUCGCAGUUCGGCUGUUGGUGGAGUGGAGUGAGAACUUCCGUCACAUUCAACGACCUGGGACGAAGAAGUUUGGUAUCGAAGAGGCAGCUGAGGCGUCGAGCUUGGAGGUGACCUGGCAGACCAACAUGUGGGGUGAAGUUGAAGACACCCACGAUGUUGGCAAGGAGGACUUGAAACGUCAAUUGGGUAGUGUUGUGGUUCUGAGUACUGGUACUGAGGCAUCAGAAUGUCGGAUCGACCAGAAGGCACUUUCCCUCCUCCACCGCGAUAAGUCUAAAACCGAGGACAAAGAAGACGACAACGAUAACAGCUCGGCCGCCUCCUCGAAUGGAACCUCCUUGAGACACGCCCGCAGCAGCAGCAGCCGCCUCAACCGUCGCAAACAAACCCAAGACCCGAGCCCACCCCCAGUCAUCGAGGAACACACUGAGAACAUGGAUACACUGGGCGAACUGCCUUCUCUCUCCCAAAUGGAGACUGGCAGCAUGUCGCUUGAACAGUCCGUCCGCACCUUUCGUCUUUUCGAGAUCCUGCGCAGCGGGGAUACCACCGCCAUCUCCAAGGCUAUAAAGGACACUAAUAACCCGCAGGGCGCAAGUGCCCUCAGCGGCACGACCAUCCUCCACCUGGCGCUGCAGUGUGCCGAGCCCCAGAUCGUCGAAUAUGUACUGUCGGCCGCGGAGGAAGAAGACAUCAACUCACGGGACCGGGAUGGAAAUACGCCACUGCACAUUGCGGCCCAGCUGGGUCGGGGUCCGUUGGUUCGCGAAUUGCUGAACAGGCCGUCUAUCAAUGAUUCUAUUGUCAACUAUCGCGGCCAGACGGCGCUCGAUAUGGCCCGUACCCCUGAAAUCUUCCAACAGCUUCAGCUUGCGCGGUCCCUCUUCAUCGAUAGCAAGAAUCAGGAAAUCCAGAACCUGAUCUCGAACGCGGAUUACAAAAACUUGGAGGCUUUAUUGGAAGAGCCCCGCGUCGAGGGGAUUAUGGACGUGAAUAGCUACGAGCUUGUCACCGACCAGACGACCUCCCAGUCUGGGGGUACCCUUCUUCAUGAGGGAGCAAGAAAUAAAGAUGCGCAGCUUAUUGAGAUUCUUUUGACGCAUGGCGCAGAUCCUUUCCGUCGCGAUAAGAAAGGGAAGCUUCCACAGGAUGUUACUAAAGAUGACAAGAUCCGGGCUCUCUUAAAGAGAUCUCCCGCUGCUGCUAUUGCUCAGCGUGGAAUCCAGGAGAAGGCUAUUCUUGGUAAUAGCAAUGCUCAAGGACUUUCCGGCCGCGUGUCGAUUGGUGAUGCGCCUUUGGCCGGCAAGGAUGCCCGUGAAAUGAGAGGGUAUCUCAAGAAGUGGACCAAUUAUACUACUGGGUACAAGCUGCGCUGGUUUGUCUUGGAAGAUGGAGUUUUGAGUUAUUACAAGCACCAAGACGAUGCAGGAUCUGCCUGUCGCGGAGCGAUCAACAUGAAAAUUGCUAGACUUAACAUGGAUGCUCAGGACAAAACGCGCUUUGAAAUCCACGGCAAAUCAUCUGUCAAGUACCAUCUCAAAGCCAACCAUGUUGUGGAGGCUAAGCGGUGGUUCUGGUCGCUCAACAAUGCUAUCCAGUGGUCCAAGGACGAAGCCAAGGAAGAAGAGAGGCAACGGUCAAAGAACGCAGAAGUGCUCCGUCAGGCUAAGAUCGAUCAAACAGAAGGACGUCCUGCGGAUACGCCAUCAGAAUCUGGACUUUCUCACAGGCUCAGCACCAAGGGCCUGGCUCCCCCAUCUCUGGGUGGUGCCAGCAGCUCUGGCACAAGGCUGAGCACAUAUGCAUCCCGCACCACUCUUGAUAUACCAACUGGAGACGAGGACAGCUCCGCAUAUGGCGGUUCCUAUGACCCGAGUAGUACCCCUAACGACAUGAAUCGAGUAAUUAGUCAAGUGACGACUGCGCCCGAUGGAGAGGGCGAAGAAGAUGAAUUUGUCGACUAUGGUUCAAGUCAUGAAAACGAAAUACCUGCCACUGAUAAGGAUGCUAUGAAUAUCACCGCUCAGUCUGCGAAGCUCCAGUUGGAUCUCCUUGCAAAUGUCGCUGCCUCUUUGCAAAACGAGAAAGCCAAGAAUCCCGAAAUGACUAUCGCGGAUCCGGCCCUCGAGCAAGCCCUGGGCGCCUAUGAAGCUGCAGUCAGCAGUCUUAAGGGUCUGGUGCAGAACCUGCUCAAGAUCUCACGAGACCGAGACUCUUAUUGGCAAUCUCGUCUUGGAAGAGAAGAGUCAAUUCGCCAGAUGUGGGAAGAGAGCAUGGCCCGUGUGGCUCGCGAGCAUGAGGAACUGCAAUCCAAGAUGGGCGAAUCUGAGGAGAAACGGAAGCGAACCAAGAAGGCUCUCAAGGAGGCCUUGGAGAGUGCAACUGGAAGUAGUCGCUCCAUCGGUGCUGGGCCAUCUCAAGCGCCAACAGAGAACCAGAGCCUGGAAGCCAGCCAAACUGGAAUCGAGGCUCCUGAGACUGGUGACGGAACAGAGCAGCUUGUUCAACAGCCAUCCACAAAGCCGGCUCUCAGUCGCAACCCAUCCACCUAUUCUAAAAUCAGCAGCCUUUGUGAUUCAGAGUCGGAUGGAGAGGAAUUCUUCGAUGCCAUUGAUGCUGGUGAAAUUGAGGUGGAGGACUUCAAUAAAUUUGAAGACAAUAAGACGGCAGAACCGAGAGAUGAAAGUGCUGAGCUCCGAGCUGUCAAGUCUACCAUCAUUUCACCCUCCUUCAAGGGCUACGAGGAGCCAGUGAGGCAGCGACUUAAGAUGGACGCCGACGACCGGCCCAAGAUUUCCCUAUGGGGUAUUCUGAAAUCCAUGAUCGGAAAGGAUAUGACGAAGAUGACCCUUCCGGUGUCCUUCAACGAACCGACCUCGCUUCUUCAACGUGUGGCCGAAGAUCUUGAGUACACCGAUCUCCUUGAUAUCGCUGCCGAUCGGACCGAUUCAAUGGAACGUCUGGUAUAUGUCGCCUCGUACGCCGCAAGUGAGUAUGCCUCGACCAUCGGUCGUGUGGCUAAGCCUUUCAAUCCUCUUUUGGGUGAGACCUUUGAGUACGUGCGCCCAGACAAGGGGUACCGAUUCUUUGUGGAACAGGUCAGCCACCACCCACCUAUUGGUGCGGCGUGGGCUGAGUCGCCUAAAUGGGACUACUGGGGCGAAUCUUCUCUCAAGUCCAAAUUCUACGGCAAAUCAUUCGACAUCAACCUGCUGGGUACAUGGUUCCUAAAGCUGCGCCCUUCCUCUGGUGGCGAAGAACUCUACACUUGGAAGAAGGUUACCUCGUCUGUCAUCGGUAUCAUCACUGGUAACCCUACCGUAGACAAUUAUGGUUUGAUGGAAAUCAAGAACUGGACCACCGGCGAAGUCUGCUAUCUCGACUUCAAGCCGCGAGGCUGGAAAGCCUCAUCCGCCUACCAGGUGACAGGUAAGGUCGUCGACAGCGAAGGCUCCCCGAAAUGGAGUAUUGGUGGCCGCUGGAACGACAAGAUCUACGCCCGUCACACCCCCGGCUUCGAGGCGCCGGUCUCCGGUCAAGACCCUGAGUCCGCCAAGACAUUCCUGGUCUGGCAAGCUCAUGAACGUCCUACCGGCAUUCCUUUCAAUUUGACCCCCUUCGUCAUCACCCUUAACGCUCUGCCCGACGGCUUGAAGGAAUGGUUACCUCCCACGGAUACCAGACUGCGACCCGAUCAGCGUGCCAUGGAAGAUGGUGAAUACACACUCGCUGCUGAUGAGAAGCACCGCGUUGAAGAGAAACAGCGUUCUAAGCGCAGAGAUCGUGACACCAACGGCGAAAUCUACUCGCCGCAAUGGUUCACUCGUGACAAGUGUGCUGUCACUGGUGAGGAAUUCUGGGCCCAUAAUGGAAAGUACUGGGAGUCGCGAGAUGCGAAAGAUUGGAGCAAAUCAGAGGAUAUCUUCUGA